GUGGUAGGCAGCAAGCUACAGUGGUCUGAAGAGCUCGUCCUGACGGAUUUGCUUUGACAGAUCCGGGUUAGCCGCUAGGAGAACCCAUUUUCUUGCUGAAUCCUCACCGAGGCGCUCAUAUCGCAGGCACAUACAGCCCGGAGACCGCAGAGCGCGCGGCACCUCCCCGACCAUCUCCAGUCUCCCAACACCCGAGGAUCCGAACGCUCGCAUGGCGCUGUUCCGGUACUUUCCUCUCAGACAAGACGGCGGAAACUUCCAGCUUUCACGCCAAGGAGUUUGAAAUGCGACUAUCUUGUCAUCGGUCAACCUGUUUACAACCACUGACAUUGUUUUCCUGGCACGGCAACGUCUACAAGAAUACUUCAGUCUAUGCGGUCUCAAUGGGCAAGUACCUUUGGAGAACAGUAUCCAGUUAAUCCGAGAUACCCAAACCUUACGAGAGUCGAACAAUGCAGGUGUUAAUUUUGAGAGUGAUAUUUUUCCUAGCAUUUAAUGUAGCGGUGCAAACGCACAGACAUGAUGAUAAAUUAAGGACUAAUAUCGUUACGAAAAACUACAACGUCACACACAAAAAUGUGCACAAAACCUCAGAAAAUGGAAGGAGAUGGCACCGAGCAUAUAGGAGAGUAAUCACUGAUAUGGACAAUACGAGGGGACAAGCCACAGGUGUGUCCUCAUGGGACGCCAUCAAGACUUUGGUGCGAGACAUAAACGCAACCUCUUUUAAGAUGAAAAUGAUUGCAGAAGAUAAAACAAAGCUGUAUGGAUACAAACACGAAAUGUAUUUUAACAGAACGGAAGCAGACAAUCUGAAAAACCACAGAGAGCCUCGGAGGCGAAGGAAAGAAAAGUUUAAUUCUCAGAUGGCCGCUGCCAUGGAAACAAUAGGUGAUGGAUACAGUUCAUCUAAGCCUCCUUCAGGGAACAAGCUGGGGGGACGCAAGAGGAACCACAGACGCAAAAGAGGCACCAUAGACGGCCAGAAUAAAUCCAUUAAGAGUUUAAUAAAAAAGCAGAGUAAAAAUAGCCUUCUCACUGCACAGUUAGAAACUUCACCUGAUGCCUCUCUCGCUGUGUGGGAACCAAUCCCCCUACCUCUUGCCCUAAACCAGUCCACUGAUUUUCCAUUCGAUACUAGAAAUUACGAGUUAUUUACUUUACCGGACGAUGACCUUGGGGAAAUAACACCACUGAUCCCCCUUAAUACGCGGGAGAAGAAAAACUGGAUCAGAAACCCUUUCUACCCCGUAACCAAUGAAUCAUAUGGAGCGUUCGCCAUCGUGUGUGUUUCUAUGAUAAUUUUCUCUGUGGGGAUAAUCGGGAACAUUGCAAUCAUGUGCAUCGUAUGUCACAAUUACUACAUGCGGAGCAUCUCCAAUUCGCUUUUAGCCAAUCUGGCCCUGUGGGAUUUCGUGAUCAUCUUCUUUUGCUUGCCCCUUGUGAUUUACCACGAGCUGACGAAAACCUGGUUGCUGGGGGAGUUCUCCUGUAAAAUCAUACCAUACAUCGAGGUGGCCUCGCUGGGAGUAACCACGUUCACGCUGUGUGCGCUGUGCAUCGACCGUUUCCGGGCGGCGACCAACGUGCAGAUGUACUACGAGAUGAUCGAGAACUGCGCCUCCACCUCGGCCAAGCUGGCGGUGAUCUGGAUCGGCGCUCUGCUGCUGGCCCUGCCCGAGCUCAUCAUCCGGCAGCUGGCCACGGAGGAGGGCGAGCCGGCCGACUCGGGCCCCUGCGAGCGCUGCGUGGUGCGCAUCUCCACCCAGCUCCCAGACACCGUCUACGUCCUGGGGCUCACCUACGACGGCGCCCGGCUCUGGUGGUACUUCGGCUGCUACUUCUGCCUGCCCACCCUCUUCACCAUCGGCAGCUCCCUGGUGACGGCCCGCAAGAUCCGCCAGGCCGAGAAGGCCGCCGUCCGUGGCAACAAGAAGCAGAUCCAGCUGGAGAGCCAGAUGAACUGCACGGUGGUGGCGCUGGCCAUCCUGUACGGCUUCUGCGUCAUCCCCGAGAACGUGUGCAACAUCGUGUCGGCCUACAUGGCGGCCGGCGUGCCCCGCCGCACCAUGGACGUGCUGCAGCUGGUCAGCCAGAUGCUGCUGUUCUGCAAGUCCGCCGGCACGCCCGUGCUGCUCUUCUGCCUGUGCCGGCCGUUCAGCCGCGCCUUCCUGGACUGCUGCUGCUGCUGCUGCGAGGAGUGCGGCACCGCCAAGUCCUCGGCCGCCACCAGCGACGACAACGACCACGAGUGCACCACCGAGCUGGAGCUGUCGCCCUUCAGCACCAUCCGCCGCGAGAUGUCCGCCUACACGUCUGUGGGGACCCACUGCUGAGCGUCCGGAACGAGGCCGCCCCCUGCCCCCUCAAACCCCCUGUCCCUCAAAACCCGUCCGUCCUCCCCAACACCACAAUCCCCUGUCAUGAUGAAGCAUGUAUGUGGUGUCAAUCAUUGCCACGAUGUGAACUGAUCGAUAUGCUGUUAGCACCUUGAUUGGCUCCGUCCGCCAUGUGGUGGGAAGUGCAUGGUAUAGCUCUGCCUACUGCUGUGGUUCAUGAAAUCGCUGUGCCAUCAUGCACUGUACACUGUACAGUACCUGCACACUGUUUACUGUAGAGUAGAUGUCUGUACAAGUCAUACACUUAAUCGCAUAUAUUUGUUGCCAUUAUUUGUACACAGUAUAGUGCAUAUGCAUAUAGAGCAGUAGUUUUUUUUUAUUUCAUAGUCAUUAACAUAUCAGUGAUUACAUUUUUUUUUAUGACACUUUUUUGCACUCUACUCCACCCCCCCCCCAUUCUUUUUUUGGAUAUUACUUUGUUUUAUCGCAAGUGUCUUAUGUCUCUGCAUUGUAUUGAAAGUAAUAUAUUGAAAAUGGCUGGUUGUAGUAUAUUGUGGGAUUUUGUUCUCUUUCUGAUAACAGUGAUUCUUGUGAAUCAGUUGAAAAGUAUGUUUAGCUCCCUUGCUAUGUGAGUAUAUUCUACACUCUGAACAAAUUGAUGUCUGUAUUUGAUAGCAGAAAAUUGUACCAGUAUGCUUUGGGCAGUCUGUACACUCACUUGAGUGUUUUGUAUUAUUAUUAUAGUGAAGAAAUGUCACUUUAAUAAAAAAGGAAACAAUGAA